AUGAAGCGGUCGCGUGAGGUGGACGAUGAACUUGAGCCUGUUGUAAAAGCGCGGCGCGUGGCCAAGGUGGACAGGUUGUCGAGAUUGAGCGACGAGCUGCUGGUGCGCAUUCUGUCGUUCUUGCCUGUGUCGUCACUCUUGGUUUCUCAAAGAAUAUCGACCAAGUUCAGUCACCUUGCCGUCGAUUCGGAGCUGUGGAAAGCAGCCUACUACCGAACGUUUGUCCUGCCCCGCGCAACACGCAUACCCGGCAUCAAGAACCCAGGCGCACACAACCGACUACACUAUUCUUCGAGGUUGUCGCAGUGGCUGGACGAUGGUGCCUUGGUCAAAAAAGGUGCCAAAACCAAGUGGAAGCAACAGUACCGCUUGCGUCACAACUGGUCACAGGGACAAUGUGCCGUCAGCGAAAUUAUAGUCUCUGAGAGGCCUCCGGAGCCACCACUCUUGGUCAUGCUGUCGAACAGCACUAUAUAUGCGGCCGAUUCAAUAAGCGGGCUGAGAGCAUGGAACGUGAAGAAGGAGCGCGAACUACUGGCGUCAACCCCAUUAAACGUGGCUGCGACAGACACAUUGCAACUACCCGUGUCCAUGGCUAUCGAUUCGUCCGACAGUGAAGACGGGUGCGAAAGAGUUGUGUUGGGGUUUGAGGACGGUUCAUUCUCGGUCUUCGCAUUGCAUCGAGAUCAGAAGAGGUUCGACGCACUCUUCACGCACCCUGCUUCAUCGAACGGAAUGCUGUCUGCGCUAGCCAUGUCUUCACCUUAUCUUCUCACCAUGACCGAAGAUCAUCUCCUAUCUCUCUAUGCUUUUGCCGAAGCGCAGGGUGGUUCCAGCCGGCUGGAACCUCCAAAGCUUCUGUAUUCUUUACGGUCACACACUGCAUGGCCUCCUGUGUCGCUAUCUUUACGCACAACGGCAACGAGCAUGACUGCAGCGAUUGCAUAUUCUUUGCCCACUUACCUCUCUGGCUGGACAGUCGGUGUUCAAGAACUGAACCUCUCGCACAAGGGUGAGCUGCUCGGGUCACGACUAGCUACUGCAGCAGACGAACACUCCUUUACACUCUCAGCAUAUCGCUCGACAUGUUCGUCAAGUACCCGUACAUCCUCUCCUACUACUAGCACAUCACGCGAGCCUCUAUUGAGAAGCAACCCAAGCAGUUCCAAGCCAACAUCAAUGUCCUACUCUCACCCCUACCUACUCGUUGCGCACCCCGACAAUACACUUUCUCUCUACCUCGUCAAAUCGACCUCCUCAACGCUUUCUAUAAGCUCCGGCAACCGCCUCUGGGGUCAUACAUCCUCCAUCUCCGGCGCAUACGUUGGCAUGCGCGGCAAAGCCGUUUCAGUCAGCAGGCUAGGCGACGAACUGCGAGUCUGGGAUCUAGAAGGCGGCAUGGCCUCGCUCACAAGUCGACGACGACUCAAGAACGGCGAGCUGAGCGUCAGAGUGCAGCCCUCCAAGGCUGCAGACCAGGGGAGUCAAGACGAGGAAAGCGAACGGAACUUUGGGCUCAGGUCGGCGCUCGACAAGGGUUUUGACGAUUCGAGUGUGAGCCGAGGCUGGGUUGGAUUUGACGAGCAGAACGUGAUCGUGCUGCGGGAGAAGAGGGAGGGGAGUCAGGCGCUAGUCGUAUACGAUUUUACAUGA